AUGCACCCCAUCUCCACGGGAGAGGAUGCGAUCCGAAUUGCACGGGAAUCCUUCCUUGCCCAUACCGAUAACCAUUUCCAUUCAAAAGGAAAGAAACGAUCGCAAUCUCCUUCUGAAACCUCCCAUCCUUCAUCCUUUCGUGAACGACAGCUGGACACAAAGAUACAGAUAGCCUGCGGUCGCCCUCGCGAGAUCGAGGAAACCAUUCCUGCCACCUUGUUGCAUCCAGCCUUCGGCCAAUUUAUCGACGACAGCCUGACUCACACAGUGACGGAAGAAGACAACAAUCUCGUCGGCAAACUCGCCCAUGUCAUGUCAGCACUGUACGAAGAUGAAAACAAGCGAGCGGAUGCGGUUAGCGAGGUGCUUGAGGGAUACCACCUUCGCUUCCACUUGAAACGCAAGAUUCAAGGAACAGCGUAUGAAACGGACGGAGACAUGUCCAUCGACGUUAAUAACCGUCGUCAUCCUUAUGUCAUUGUCGAAUUCAAGAACGAGGCGGCGAAAUCCAACUCGGAACCAUACUUGCAGGCUCUUAUGUACUACCUGCAGUCGACGAGAACGUACGCGCCCAGUUUGUCUGGGUCUACCCUACCCUGUCUUCUGGUUGUCAUUUUCGGACCAAUGAUUAUAUUCGCAGGCGCUGUCUGGACGUUGCGUCCUGCUGUUCAGAUUCUUUCCACCCCUCUUAUCUUCAAUUUCCAUUCCUCGGAUAACUACAAUCAUGUCACCGCUGCGCGUCACAUGGCUGCAUUCCGCAAAGCUGCCCGAACCCUCCAGAGCCAUUACGACACGCUACCUCCUGAUUUUGAACUUGUCAGCAAGCUAUCCCACCCCACGAUCUUCCCAUAUCCGACAAGCUUUACAUCUCUCGAGGACAACAGCACCAUCGUCUUCAAAUAUAGAGAGCAUCUCGAUGAAGAUGGGGGAAAGUCAAAAAGACUCAUCUUUUUCGGGACCCUCAACGAAGGGGAUGCUGAGGUUGCGAUAUGCAUCAAAUUCGUCCGACAUUAUUCACGGGUUGCUCAUAUGCAUUGCGCUCAAGCAGGCGUUGCCCCUAGAUUGCGAGGAUUUGAACAGCUUCCUGGAGGCUGGUACAUGGCAGUGAUGGAUAGACUUGUCGCAUACGACGUAUUGGCCGACUUGCCCAUUGGUGAACGCAUCCCCCGAUGUGUGUUCGAUGCCAUCGGGGAGCAGCUGAAGACGCUUCACGCUCGCCAGCUGGUCCAUGGCGAUAUACGCGAUACUAACAUCUUGCUCAAGACGGAUGACAGGACGAAGUUCAUGAUAAUCGACUUCGACUGGGCGGGGGUAGAAGAGGUCGUGCGAUAUCCGGCAUUCGUGAAUUACAGGGAUAUACAAAGACCAAAUGAUGCGAGAGACGGACAACCCAUCCAAGCAGCUCACGAUGAUGCCAUGCUGGAUUUUCUUAUUGCGAGGUGGUCCCAGGAGUAA